AUGCUGGUCAGCUGCCCUCAGAGCCAACUCGAGCGAGAACAAGCUCUCGCUGAAGAGCACACUCGAAAGGAGCGAGCAAAGUUCUUUGAUAAUCUCCGCGAAGAGAUAGAGAGGUCCGUCAAAGCUUCUAGGAUGGAGGAAGCAGACACUUCUGCGUCCAACAAGCCUUCGGUGCGUGAGAAGCUCAAUGAUCGUCUGGUGAAAGUCUGGGGCAACGAGGCCAAAGACGAGUUCUCCGCCGAAACGGACUCUUUCGUCCGCUAUGUCGUCAAGUUGGAAGGGAAGCCAUUCUCCGACGUCCUAGACCAGUUGGAGGCCGCUAUGCAGAUAAGACUGAGAGACAACACUGGAGCCAAAAGGUACAAGACAAAACUGACAGUCCCUGACAUCCAGGUGGCCGCUGACAAGCUGGGCAUUGCAAUCUCAGGGCUGCCCUACAGCAAGAAACGAGGUCGAGACAGCACGGCUGACGCUUCGGACGAGAAGGCCAGCCCUCCUCCGUCUAAUGCACCCCGCAAGAAGCCAAAGAACUCGGCCUCGGAGGCUUCUUCUGCUACCAAGUCCAAGACAGUCGACAACGCCUCUACGCCCAGCAACACACUGGAGCUCAUCAUCGCACCUCCAGCCCGACGCUCAGCCACGCCGGCGCCAGGCACGGAACAUGAACAUGGCGGAGACGCUCCAGAGCCGUCGAGCCCUUUCAAGCUCACCCAUACUUCGCGAACCCCAUCACCGCCUGCCCUCGUGAAGAGUUCGAAACUCAAGCAUGAAAUUUACUUCGAUGCCAGCAAGGAAACUCUGCAGGGCGAGAAGACGCUGACGCCCGUCCCUUCCGUCCACGCAUCAGAGUACCGCGAGGAUACCAAAAUGCUCGACACUAUUGAUGACGACCGCAGCGUCGAUUUUAAACAAGAGAACUUUCACGAGGGAGGUGGUCCAAGUGUCAGCGAUGGAAACAAGUCUGUCCUGGAAACGACAGACAAUGAGACCGUCAUGGAUGUAAAGCCCGUAUGCAAAUUUGACGAUACAAUUCAACACCAACGCUCGUCCGAGCCUCGUGCAUCUGUGGACGAGAUAGUUGCCGCGCACUCAGUUGAAGGCAACAAAUCUGCGCUUGAGACAACGCCGUUGCCUAUCAGGCCCCAGAGUGCGAAAGACGAAGUCCCCAGUACCACCCCACCGCAGGGACCCGAACGCAACUCAUCCGGGGAGCUGACCGAGGCCUCCAUGAAAACAUGCAUCAAGCUCAUCGCGGAGUGUUCCAUCUGUCCGACGACCUUCCUGGACCAUGAGCUCAACCAUCCAUCGACAGACGACAGCGCUGACACAACUGGUUCCAUCUUUUCCAUCAUUGGCGUUCCGGUCAACGACCUUGGAGGCGGAUCAGCCGAUACUGGUGAGGACACCUCCAACCCGACCCUCUGGUUCCUUCUGCACGUCGACCAACGCCGCCGUUUCGUCUACGCGUACGACUUUUGUCCCUCUUUGGGCCUGCAGCACCACGUCCGCACAUUCAUCACCGGCGUUUUGAGCAAGGCUCUCCAGCUCGACAAGCCACCGCGCGUGAUUCCCACAUCACCCGUCUGCCUCGAAAACGCCAAUGACAGCGGCUACAUGGUCGUGGCCGCCGCCUGCUACAAGGCUGCCGGCUUUGAUAUUCCCUCCACCGAGGAUUGUUUGCCCUAG